CGUCGCACCAGUAGGUGAAAGCAGACGAGGGGUGUUGCUGGUGGGGGUCUGCGACUCGCCAGUAAGCGGUCUCCCUACGUGUUACGCACGUAAACAAACCGAAGAAGAAAAAAACCACUGCGAGAUGGGAAGCACAGUGAUGGAGUCGAAGAAGGACGGCUCCAAGAAGACGCCGAAGAAGAGCAGAGGUCUGCGCAUUAACGUGCCAGACUUCAGCGCGUUUACCUCCCCGCAAGCGGAUGCUGAGACUGGCGUUUCAACCAAAGAUGCCACUCACAAGGGAGACGCUGCGCCCAGUCCCACCAGAGGAGUGUUUGUGAGAGGCCCAACCAGCACCAGUCUGCCUGCUUGUCCGCUGUCUGCACCAGUGCAAUCUAAAACAAGCCCAGGUUCCCCCAAAACCAUCUUCCCUUACCCAUCCAACCAGGACUCGCUGCCCAAAUCCCCCCGGCGCCUGAGCUUCAGCGGCAUCUUCCGCUCAUCGUCCAACCCGGCCCCUGCUGGCACCAAGCUCUUCUCUAGGACAAGGAAAGCAUCGGGACUCUCCUCUUCACCCACCACCCCUACCCAGGCUGCCAGUCAGCCUCUGUUCCCCCAGGAGGCCCAGCAGAGCGCCUCCGGACCGGAGCGCCUGGAUUCUCGCUGCCGAUCCUGCUCACUUUCCUCACCCCUGGACACGGGACAGCGGCUCGGCCUGCCCUCGGCCAAGCCCCCCCUCCCUUCUCUCAGCCCCGUGCCACCCAACACUACCUCACAACAAGUCCAGGUCUGCGGGUUGUUCGAAGGCAUGCUGGAGAAACUUGAACUGGAGGAUGACGCUGCUGAACCGGAGAGUGAUAUUUACAUGCGCUUCAUGAAGUCCCACAAGUGCUACGACAUUGUCCCGACCAGCUCCAAGCUGGUUGUGUUCGACACCGCCCUCCAAGUCAAAAAAGCGUUCUUUGCCUUGGUGGCCAAUGGAGUGCGUGCAGCUCCACUAUGGGACACAGAGAAGCAGAGCUUUGUGGGAAUGUUGACAAUCACAGACUUCAUCAUCAUACUACAUAGAUACUACAAAUCCCCGAUGGUGCAAAUCUAUGAGCUGGAGGAACACAAGCUGGAGACGUGGAGAGAGGUUUACCUGCAAGCAACGUUUAAGCCUCUAGUGAACAUAUCGCCCGAUGCAAGCCUAUUUGAUGCAGUGUACACCCUCAUCAAAAACAAAAUUCACCGGCUGCCUGUCAUUGACCCUGUUACAGGAAAUGCACUUUACAUUCUCACACACAAGCGGAUCCUCAAGUUCCUGCAGCUUUUUGUGCGUGAAAUGCCAAAGCCGGCUUUCAUGAAGCAGACUCUCGGGGAGCUGGGCAUUGGGACUUACAACGACAUUGCCUUUAUCCACCCCAAGACACCCAUCAUCAAGGCCCUGAACAUUUUUGUGGAAAGGCGGGUUUCCGCCCUGCCUGUGGUGGACGAGUCGGGCAAAGUCGUGGAUAUUUACUCCAAGUUUGACGUCAUAAACCUGGCUGCUGAGAAGACGUACAACAACCUGGACAUCACUGUCACCCAGGCUCUGAAGCAUCGCUCCCAGUACUUCGAAGGAGUCAUGAAGUGUCAUAAGUUGGAAACACUGGAGACUAUAGUGGACAGAAUAGUUAAAGCUGAGGUGCAUCGCUUGGUAGUGGUUGACGAGCGCUCCAACAUCGAGGGUAUCAUCUCCCUGUCGGACAUCCUCCAGGCCCUGGUGCUCAGCCCGGCAGAGGCCUGCAGAGAGGAGAGCCUGACGGAGUGAGAGGGAGGAUGCAUCACCUGAACCGGAGACGUGGUUGGAGCAGCUUGGGUCGAAGGUGGUGGUACGGGGCUCGAGGCCGUGCGAGGCUGGUCUGAGGGUCCCGGAGCGACCCACAACUGAUGCACUGCAAACGGCUUAGAAACCAAAGAGGAAGACUAAGAGGAAGAGCAAUUCUCCCACCGGAGGAUCAGUUGUAUGAAUAGAGUUGGGUUUUUUUUUUCUUGUUUUGUUUUGAUCACCGAGCUCUCUCUUACUCACACACACACACACACACACACACACACAUACACACACACACGCACACACACACACACACACACACACACAUGCAGUGGGCUCAUCUGCCAGGUGGGGUGGGAUAUAGAGGAGCUGUGAUGAUGAUGAGGGCUUCAGUGUGUUGCGUUGUGUAGGUCCUACAUCAUGCUGCUGGGCAAUUAUCUCAGUGCCAAGCCACACCCACCAAGUCACACCUACCAAGUCACACCUACCAAGCCACACCCACCAAGUCACACCCACCAAGUCACACCUACCAAG